AUGGAGGAUCGUGAGGGUGCCUGUGGGCGCUUGCUGAACCAAGAGGAGGCCAUUGCAGUUGACGAGGAGCUGAUGGCAAGCCCUGGCUUCAGCGUUGACCAGCUCAUGGAGCUUGCAGGACUUUCCGUGGCCUGCGCUGUGGUCAGCGCCUUUCCAAAAAAAGAGUACGGGGCCAAGCCGGUACUGCUGGUUUGUGGGCCUGGCAACAACGGAGGGGAUGGCCUUGUUGCGGCAAGGCACCUGGUCCACUUUGGCUACGAGCCCCACGUGGUCUAUCCCAAGCCGAAUGAGAAGCAGCAGCUGUUCGUCAAUCUGGUCACACAGCUGAAGCAACUUUCCGUUCCCAUGGAGGCUGCCUUGCCAGAGUCCAUGGAAAGAUAUUGCACCGUGGUGGAUGCCAUUUUCGGCUUCUCCUUCAAGGGUGCCGUGCGCGCGCCCUUCGACGAGAUCUUGAGGAAGAUCUCCGGUGCAGGCUUGCCGGUGGUGUCUGUGGACAUCCCGUCGGGCUGGGACGUGGAGAAGGAUGAUGGAGCCACCGCCGCCGCUGACGCUGACCGGCGCCUCUUCUUCGGAGUGCUUUUAGCCCAUGGCUACGCCCGGGUGUUGUCCAAGUUGGCCUCGGCACCAUUGGAGCGCAUCAAGGUUUGCCGCCAGGUGGGACUCCGCGCUGCGGAGCCAAGGGCUGGAAGUGGGCUCAUGGCUUGCUUCCAGGACGUCAUCUCUAGCCAGGGCUAUCGCGGGCUCUGGCGUGGCGCCUUCACGCACUGCACGGCCAGCAUCCUUGGGGGUAUUGCCCGGCUGAGCGCGCUGAAGACCACGCAGAUGUGGGUCAUGCCAGGGGGCAACCGCCACUACCAGGGCUUCGAAGGCUAUCUGCGUAGAUGUUCCUUCCUCUACGUCUCAGGUGCAGGUGCACUGAUGCUGGUGUAUCCGCUGGAUGUUGCCUAUACUAACCUAGCUGCAGACACUGGCCGACAGCAGCAGUUCCGCGGAGCCUGGCAUUUCUUGCGAGAGACUCAGAGGACCCGGGGCAUCUUGAGCCUUUACCGAGGCUUGCCUUUGUGCCUUUUCACGGCGCUCCCGUACAUCUGCCUUGCCACGGGCUUGCACGACCUGCUGGCCCCGUGGCUGCUGAAGCAGAUGGGCCACCGCCCCACGGUGGACCACAAGUCUUUGCAGCCGGGGGACCUAUUCUGGCUCGUGCGGAAUGCUGCGCCAGCUCAUUUGUAUCCCUGGAACUUGGUGGUUGGCGCUGCUUCGGGCUUUGUUGCUCAGACAGUUACGUACCCCCUGGAUACCCUCCGGAGGAGGUGGCAGUUCGUGAGCGCAGGUCCGACGCUGAAAGAUUCUGCAUCCCUUACAGACUGUGCCAAAUCGAUGUAUGCUGCAGGCGGCAUUCGCCGCUUCUACGACGGGGUGGCCUUGAACUCCCUGAAGCUGGUGCCGGAGCUUCUGGCCCUUUGGUUCGCGGACGGGCGAGAGGGCGACUGCUCGGAGCGCUUUGCUGCCAGGGCUGUCGCUCGCAAUGAACUGAAUUUGCGCCAGAGCAUGGGCUGGCAGCUCUGCCAGCGCAGUGACAAUAACCUCAGCAGCUUCGCUGGGCACGGCGUGAAGCAGUAG